GUUCUGCUUCAGAUAAAUCCCCAUCACAUAUUUGCUGUUGAUAGAUUACUACACCCAGAAAAGUAGGUGGGAUCAGAUUGAACAAGUGCUGCUGAGAAACACCAUCACAUUCAGAUAAUCAAGUCAACUGCACUGGACAUUUCUUUGCAAGCUGAAUUGCUACAGAUCCUGAAGAAUACAAUCAGAAAGACAGUAACAUCUCUUUACAUCAUGGUGAACUGCAACAGCUCCAUCAAGAUUGAUAAGAACAUCCUUAUAGUUGAACUAAUUUCUUCCAGCCUGGUCACUUUCUUUGGAAUCAUAUUGAACAUCUUUGCCAUGUGGGUGUUCUGCUUCAAACUGGGCAGGCUGACAGAGACCAGAAUCUACAUGAUCAGCUUAGCUGUGGCAGACUUAAUGCUUGCCCUCACCCUGCCUUUCAAAAUGUAUUUUCAUAACAACAACUCGCCCAUUGAUCUCUUUUGCAGAAUCAUAUUCUGCCUGUAUUGCAUGAAUAUGCCAAUGAGCAUCAAUACCAUCACCUUAAUAGCCUUGGACCGGUACAUUGCAAUUAAACAUCCUUUGAAAGCCAAAGUAAUAAGGUCUCCAAGGAAUUCAGUCAUCAUCUGUUUAUUUCUUUGGCUCUGUUGUUUCCUUUUUACCAUGUCACAUUUUCAUCUUAGUAAAGAAAAACAAGAACUUUGUUUUUAUGAAACUUCUGUUGAAAAUCUUCCUCAUAUCCCAAUCAAAUUUACCGUUUUCUUUUUCAUACCGCUGGUAAUCUUGUUGUUUUGUUCCAUACAAGUCAUCCGACGCCUGAAGAAGAAACAGAACACUAAUCUACAGGAGGAAAAGUUAACCCACAAAGCAAUUCGUCUGGUCUCAGUGAACUUGGUCAUCUUCAUUAUAUGCUUUCUGCCUUUCCACUUAAGUCUGCUGGCUAAAUACCUGGUAGAUGCAUCUCGAUGUGACCUGAUCAGCAGUAUUAACAAAACAUUGCAUGCAACUUCAAUAAUGGCAAAUCAAAACUGCUGCUUGGACGCCAUCUGCUAUUAUUUGGUUGCCAAGGAGUUUCAGCAAGCUGCCACUCACUUGUCUCCUUUCAAGGUGAUGCAAUCAAAGUCCAACUUAACAGAAGAUUCACAGCUUUAAAGUUAAACUCCUGAUGUCAGGAUGCAAUUUUAAAGAACAUACAGUACAGUGUCUUCUUUGGAGCAUUAUAAGUAAUCAAGACAAAUUACAUCAAAUAAAGCACAACAGAAAUGUCACAAGAAUUUUUUUUAAUGGGGGUUGUAUUCAUCUGAAUUCAAAGCUCUCAACAAUAGGAUUGUCUACAAGUUGUCAUUGACAUGAAUGAGAUUACAUUCUGAUUUAAUGUCUGUUUCUCAAAAUGCUGAAUGUCUCCAUAGCUGAUACAGGAUCUUUGUAGUUAGCUUUUAGGUUCUUUUUUCAUAUAAAAAUGGCACUGUCUCUGA